UUUGUCAGUGAAAAUGGAAUUGGAGCAAAUUUUACCCAUCCCCACCAUUUUUUUAUUUUCUUUUUAUUUUCGUCACACUUAUCGAUAAGUUGUCGAUAGGUUGAGGCGAGAAAAAAAAGCAACAUAAAUCUUUUUUUAUGUAAACAAAAACUUUUUCUUCCGCGUUUCCUGGCAAAGCUUCCGGUUAAGUGGGAGGGGGUGUUGCGGGGAGGAUUCAGAGGGUUUAACCCUUUAAGGACCAUGGGGUCAUACGCUGACUCAAAGGCUCGAUUUUAAAAAUGUUUCAUUUUGUAGAGUUAUUUUAUGAAUAUUGAGUCCAAAUUAGUACAAAACUAUGUCUUUACAAUCCCUGAUCAUAUGUCGGGAUUACUGGGAAUGACAGAGUGGAUUCGUUGGCUAGGCGAGGUGCCUCUGAGCUGUGUGAAGAGCGAAUCGCUUAUAGUAGGGAGGAUCUUUUCCUCUCUAUUAACAGGAUAGGUCUAGAGAGAUGGCAAGACCAAUGGGUAAAUGAAAGCAGAAGCAGACUUGUCUUUUCAAUUCUACCGGAAUGCAGGAGAAACCCAUGGUUUCUAAGGUUGGAGAAUGUUGGUAAAGAAAAAAUAUACUUUAUCAACAGGAUCAUAAGCAACAAUUUCAGGCUUAAUGCCCAUUUGGCCAGGUUUAGUAUAGUGGAGAGAAUUGUGAAAAGUGCAGCUGAACGCGAGAAAGGGAAGAAAAGUUUGGAAGGAAGAAGAAGGAAAUAAUAUGAGUUACAACCCGAAACCACUGCCGGAUGGACAACCAGUGGGGCAGAAUCCCCCAGCGGUGCAACCACCAGUGUCACAGUCCGCGAAAUCCGUGCAACCAACAGCAGCUCAACUCACACAGGCUGCCAAUAAUCUGCACGUUCUCUCAGCGGCGCAUUUGCAGCAGCAAAUGGCAUCUUUUCAAUCGCAGGCUCUUUUGUAUCAGCAGCAGCAAAUGCAACAGGCUGUGAGUAGCUCCUCAGCGGAACCCCUUGCACUGACGCGUGUUGUAGCCGAAGCUGCUAAGCAGGCGAAUGGGAAUGUUUCGGUUGCGCCGCAAGUAGCGGUGGCUCAUGGGAAUCCCACAGCAGCUCAUCAACUCCACACAACAUCCCUCAAGUUGACCUAUCAGAUGCAACAUAAGACAUCCGCGCCGCAGAUGCAGCAUAAACCCCCAACGGCUGUGCCGCAGCAACAUAAAUUGGCAACAACAACACCAGCACAUAUGGCGUCGCAGCCGACGAGUAUUCAACAUCACACGGCUUCCGUGGCGACGGCAACGCAGGCACAGGUGCAGCAUACACCGGCUGGGCAGCAGCAGCAGCAACCUGUGGUGAGUCAACAGAAGGUACCUUCACCACAAAAAGCAGCUCCGCCACCGCAAACACGUGCCCCCGUGGCUGUAGCCACCACAACGGCUGCUCAGAGCCAACUGCAGGCAAAUAACAACGUCCCGAAGGCUCCAUCCCCCCAGCAGGUGCCAACGACACCACCAAAAGCCGCCCCAGUACCCGGACAAGCUCCCAAAUUGGCCACAGUGGUGACACCGUCGAAGACAACCAUGAAACUGGCAACAGUAACAACACCGCGUAUCAAACAAACAGCCCGGAAGAAUCAAGCAGCCCUCACGAGGCCACAGAGUAACUUUGCAGCAGCUGCUGAGGCUGCUGCUGCCACAAGUCGAUCUUCCGCCGUUGCAACGAGUACGGCGGCAGAACCCAAAGCCACAGUGACAAAGGUACAGCCCCCAACACCUCCAGCUACGGAGAAGGAGACAAAGGAAACGAAGGAGGCAAAGGAAAAACCCAAGGAGGCACCACCGGUAAAGGAGCAGCAGCCGGUGAAGAAGGAAAAGGCAAAGGUAUCAUCAACAAAAUCCCAGAGUGAAUCCAGCCAAGAUACCACCGAUGGGAGCUCAACGGGUAUCAAACGCAGCCGUACGCGUACUGUGCCGUACCAGAGUCCCCUUCCGGAAUUUGAUUUACUCUCAAAACUCUCAUACGCCGAGAGUGGAUCGAGUGGCAGUAAGAAUAGCGACGACAAACUCGUGUUGUUCUACAAGAAUGAAUUCAUGGCGGUACGCAAUGCCGAUGGGGGCUUUUUCCUCUGUCAAACACAGCAGAAUGUGUACAAAUCCUCACCACGUAUACGUAUUCAGUGGCUGUCUGAGGAGAAGCACGAUUCGAAGAUGUACAUUCCGGAUUUCUAUGACACCACCGAUCUCGAGUGUGUCCUCACGAGUGUUGAGCUGAAGAAGAAGGCAAAGAAGUUGUAUGAAUUGCCAGCGAAGGAACUCGAGAGGAUACGAAAUAUCCUCAAGAAGGCCAUUGAUGUGGAGAAGGGAAUCCUACCGCGUCCGGAUGUCACUGAAGAGAAUCCCGAUGGAUUGGAUUUGUCGCUGUACAAGGACGAGUCGCAACUGGAGAAGGGUUCCGGGAAGAAGCGACGUGCAAGUGGAUCCCCAAAGCGCACCAAGAGGACCAAAGUUGACGAAGAAACUCCCAAAAGGGUGUCGUCGCGUACAAAAGCAUCACCACGGAAGAAUUUCGCUGAAUCUGAUAUUGAAGAGUCAGAUUUUGAGGAUGAAUUGCCCAUCAAGAAAGCCACACCAGCAGCACGGGGUCGUCCACCGGCGGCUAAAGCAUCUCCCGGACCUGUUGUGACCACAAAACAGACAGCAGUGAAGAAAACUCCAACUGCAUCACCCACAAAGGCUCCAGCAAAGAGUAAAACAACUCCAGCCAAAAGUUCAGCAGCAACAACGGAGGUUGUUGUGGCGGAAACAACAAAGACACGCGGGAGGAAGAGAAAAAUUGAACCAAUUGACCCAUUAGCCCUGCCACCGGCGAAAAAGACACCCGUCCAGGUGACUCCGGACACACCAGCAGCAGCAGCAACAACGGGGGGUGCCAAAGGAGUUGCAGCAAAGAAAACACAACAGGUUGCAGCUACUCAGCAGAGUACAAAGAAGCCACUACUGGGGAAAAAACCCGAAGCAACGCAGGAAGUUGCCAAGAAGCCAAGUACACCGGCAAAAACACCGCCAAAGGCCAAGGUUGCAGGUAAUAAGGAAGCAGCAGGUGGUAGAAUGACACGAGGCAGAAAGUAGGUCAUUAAAAACAUUUUUAAUUAUUUUAUUUUUAAUUUUUUUUUAUAAUAUUAAUUUUAAUUUACAAUAUACAGACAAAAAUCUCAAUAAAAAAAAUUCCUUUUGAGAAGGAAAAUUUUUAAACAAUAAAUCACUUUUUUUAAAAGAAAAAAAUAUAUCUGAUUGGAAUGUUUUGGAUGAGAGAAGAGGGUGAAAAAAAAAUGGUACAAAAGGGCAUUUUGCAAAAGAAAAAAAUGAAGGGAAGAAAUAAAAAUCAAACAAUUGGUGAGAAAAUUUCACCUAAAGCGCAAUCAAAGGGAUUUUUCCGGAAAGAAGAUAAUUUUAAAUUUUUUAAAAAGUCAUAACUUUUUACGUAAAAAUGCAGGACUUCUCUUUUUUUUAAAAAAAUUAAUCAAUGGGUCCUAAUCAGCGACCAAGAAAUCCUUGAAAUUUGUAUUGAAAUUUCAACGAUUUUGAAGAUUUCUUGGUACCAGAAUAGGAUCCAAUAUUAAGGACAUUUGUUUGAAUUUUUUCAUUUUAAAUGCAAAAGUAACUCGCAAAUUUUGUAAGAAAAUUUCUUUUAAAAAUUCAUCUUAACGAAUGGGAAUGAUAACAAAGAGAUGCUGUAGUUUAUUUGCUAAACCUAAAAUUUAGUAGAUGAGUUCAUAAUUCCUGUAUGUACCUCACAAAAUUAACAAAAGGAAAAUAAAAAUAUUUCGACAAAAAUUGAUCAAAAAGAAAUCGAAUAAAAAUAUCCGGGAAAAUCGGGUGCAAUUAUAUUGACAAAAGGAUAGGAAGUUUAGGAGAAAAUUAAACUGUCGUAAGGUAGAUAAUAAUUCUAUGUAGAAGAGAAAAUAAAAUAUCGCGUGUGUAUCACUAAAAAAAAUCACCACACAAAAGAAAAUAACUCUUCAAGGAAAAGAAUUAUUAAAAAAAAAGAACGAGAAGAGAUAAAAUUGCAAUAUUAAAAAAAAAACAAUUUAAUGUUUUAUGUGAAAAGAAAAAUGUAUUUACUUUGACAAACAAAAAUCUAUUUCACAAAUUAAUUUUAUUAUUAUAUAUGGUACCAUAUUUUUUAUUUUUUUUUUUCAAAAUAUUUGUGUAGUUUUUUUUUGUUUAUUUUUGUCUCAAAAGAAAAAAAACUAGAUAAGCACGAAUGGAAGAAUUUUUAGCGUGUAAUUUGAAAAGAAAAGAAGAGAGUAGUGAGAAAAUUUCAUAAGAAUCAUUUAAAGGAAAAAAAAACUUUUGUGAAGGUUUAAAAAAAUAUAUAAAUUAAAUUUUAGCUGUUUAAUCUUAUAUAUCCUUUGAGCCACAACACCCAUAAAGAAAAAUUAAAAAAUAUAUUUAAACAUUUUUUUCUUUAGCUAAAUAGUUUCCGUUUUAUGCAUCACAUUACACACCCACACGUGGUUAUUGAGUAUAAAAUGGUAAUAAAAAAAAAGAAAGAUUAGAGGAUAGAAAGCAAAAGAAUUACUAAAUAAAGUAAAAAAAAAAACAUGUAGAAUUGACGAAGAGAAAAAUUGUAGGUUUCUCAGAGUAAAAAAAAGUAAAUUAAUGGAAAAAAAACCUUGAUAAUAUAUUAAAAUAUAAGUGAACUAAUUCGUAGAUUAAUAAUUAAACACAAAAUCACACAAAAAACACACACAAAUCCCAAUAAUUUAUUUCACACUGCGAGCUAAAAAAUUUUUGGAGAAGAGAUACUGAGAAGGAAUUAAAAAAAUUGAAUUUCUAAUGAAUUUCUCAACCUUCAGCAGAUCUAGAGCCAUCUAGAACUAAGAUCUUUCAAUGUCCCUUAAUUUAUGGUUAAAAAAAAAUGCUAAUUUAAUAUUUGAUAAUAAGAAAUCAAUGAAAUUAUUGAUUCUCAUUACAAUACUGAAUAAAUUCAUUGAACAAAGAUUUUUCCUUUUCUAAUAAUUGUUUUUUUUAGUAUUCUGUAACGAAGAACUUCAAGAUUUGAUAGUUCUAAAAAUUUAGUAUACUUUUAGAUCGAUUAGUUAGAACAACUUCGAAGGCUUGAACAAGGUUUUUUUAAAAAAUCUUUUUAAGAAUUGAUUUUUUUUUGGAAAAAAUCAUUUACCAAAUUAAUUGGUCAAGAGCUUCAGAGAUUUUUUGAGUUUGAAGGCAUUUUCAUUUAAAAAAAAAAAGAGAUUUUUCACAAAAAAAAAAAUUAAAAUGGGUAUAUCUCCGGCUGUGGUUUACCAAUUUUCAAAAGUUUACUAAUAUUGGAAAGGUACAUUUCUCCCCUUUCCAAAACUGGUAAAUUUUUGAAAAUCGGUCCACUCGUUAAUUUAUGGCAGCCAUUUUGGUAAACCUAGGUAGAAGAUAUUUUUUUCAACAUUUCACAAAUUUUCACUUUGACCUCUUGCAUCUCGUCCGCUAGUGCACCGAUUUUGAUGAAUAAAGUAUCGUUGGAAAGGUAAUUUAACUCCCUUUCUAAAUCUGGUAAAUUUUUGAAAAUCGGUCAAGCGGUUCAGUCGUGGCAGUCAUUCUAGUGAAUCAUAGUGAAAAAAUACACUUUUGAUUAUAUCUCGGUCUGUGGUUGAUCGAUUUGAACAAACCCGAAUUCAAAUGGUAGCUAAUCAUGCCCUCUGACUUUAAAAAAAAUCAUCCCGAUCCGUCACGUGGUUGUAGUGUAUAUUUUUUUAUAAAAAUCUGUUUUUUUUUUUUUGAUUUUUUCUCUCUUCAAUCUUUUAUAAUCUUCUAAAAGCGAAACUGCCAAUGAAAAUGCAAGAAUUUGCGUAUCAGCCAAUCAGAAAGCUCUAUGCUUUAGUACACAUACUUCUUCUUCUUAAUUUACAUGUCAAUUGUAGAUUUUGAAUAGAGAAAAAAAACUUCUCAGGAUCUCCAAAUCUUCUAAAUUUUUUGCUCAGUGUUUCAAAUAAUAAUAAAAAAAUAUAUUUAAAAAAAAAUGCUUCAAUGAGUUCUUUCUCGUUGAUCUCACUUUAUUUAAUAAUUAAUUAUAAAUAGUACAUGUUUUUUGGAUAUAAAAAAAUGCCGCUGGCACGACAAAAAGGACAUUUUGAAGGAGUUUUAGAUAAAUACAAAAAAAAAGUAUAUUUAGCAAAAAAUAAAACAGAAAAUACACGGAAAGAGCUUUGAUGAUAAAAUUACAUUUUAAAAGAAAAUAUUUAGGACAAAAAUUUUGGGAUGAAGCUCUUUCACCUGAAAUGAUUUAAAGAAACAAACAAAAAAAAAUCACUAAUCUCGUUAUUUCGGAUUAAAAGGUAAUUAAUGAAAGGAAUUAAACAAACAAAAAAAAUGAAUGAGGUUUAUGUAAGAUUUAUUUUCUCUCUCUGUCUGUGAGAAAGAAUAAAGGAAGCGAGAGAAAU